UCUAUAGAAAGUAUCACAAAUAUAGCAAAUACAAAAGUAAGCAAUUAAAAGCGAAGAAGGAUGUACGAAAAUCUUUCAAGGGAAUAUUCAUUGGAAAUAAGGUCGUGAGGGAUCCUGAUCGAGAACGGGGUAAUCAUGAUGGAGGACGUGUGAAAACAGGAAGAGUGAUGGAUAUUCGUGGUUCGGAUAACGAGAGUAGAGCAUGGUCGUCGAGAAGUAUGAACUUGUAUCGUUUGGGUUACGAAGGUUGCGCGGAUCUUCGCUACAUCGAGAAAGCCACGGCCGGAACAUGUUACAAGGAGUAUUUACAGAUUUUGACUCAGCCAGUGAUGACAGUAUCGUCGGAGAGUGGUGCAUCUACUCAGUAUGCAAACGUAACGAGUACAUCAUUAAGUCCUUAUCAUUUGACUUUCAAUGUACGUGACAAAGUCAAAGUGAUGCUUGAUGUAGAAACCCUGAAAGAAAUGGAAGCAGAUCACGGCGUCUGGAAUCCACGAAUGGUUGAGUAUGUCGGAAAAGUUGGAACUGUACCGCGUAUCACAGACAAAGGCGAUACAAGAGGGCUGCAACAAUCGCUUGACUUUCAUUCCCGGGCGUUGACCAAAGUUACGAGCAAAAAAACUUUCACUCUCGGGAAACGUAGACGCAAGACCCAGCGGUCGGUUCGGUGGAAAAAAACUACUCCACAAGUUACAGCCCAUCAAGGGGAUCAUGAACUUUGCGUUAUGUUAAUGAAUGGCCGGUCGUGCUUAAGGGCGUCGAUGAAGACAGCGAUCCUCCUCUUCAUUAUGCAGUGUUCGGGAUUGGGCUUCAAAAUGCCACGUCCUUGUGCUGUACCAGUUGACAAAGCUGUCACUGUUAUCAAACAGUUCAUCGAACACUUCCAGACAAACAAAUUACCCUCUUGGUCAGAUCCGAGGCUAACAGCAAAUCAAUAA